AUGGAGGAGGAGCGUGUGAGGAAACGAGCAGCGAAGUUGUCCAAACACUUAUCAAAGAAGAGUUUUGUACUGAUUCUUGACGACGUGUGGGAGCAUUUCAAACUCCAGGAUGUGGGAAUUCCCAAUAGAGCUGAUGGAUGCAAGCUUGUCUUAACAACUCGAUCUUCUAAAGUAUGUGCUCGAAUGGGUUGUAUAGAGAUUAAAAUUAGACCUUUAUGUGAAGAAGAAGCAUGGAACUUAUUUGUGGAGCAUCUUGGGUCUAAAGGGGUACUUGGUAUGAACAAAAUUGAAAAGGUUGCAAAGGCAAUCGUGGAGAAAUGUGCAGGUUUUCCACUUGCUAUCAUCGCAAUGGUAAGAAGCAUGAGGGGGGAGGAGAGAGGAUUUGUCUGGGAGGACACUUUGGAAAAGCUGAAGGACCCAAAUAAGGAUCAUACAGAAAUGGGAGAGAGGGUUUUGCCAGUACUUAGACAUAGCUACACACGCCUGUCUGACCCUCAACUUCAACAACGUUUCUUACGCCGUGCACUUUAUCCUGAAAAUGCAUUAAUUGGGAAAAUGGAGUUGAUUGAAUUUUCUAUUGAUGAGGGAUUGAUUGACGAACUGCAUGCUAGGGAGAAACAAUAUACGAGGGGUCUUAACAUAAUAAGCAAACUUCAAGAUGCUUUCUUGUUGGAAGUUUCUUAUAGGAUCAAGAUGCAUGAUUUGCUCAGAGAAAUGGCACUACACAUAAUGAGUACAACGUCUAUUAUACAAGUAAGCAUGAGUUCGCAAGGGAUGCCUGAUGAGGAACGUUGGACAAGAAAGUUGAAAUCCUUAAGGAAGUUGGAUGCCUUGGGAUGUAUAAAGCUGGAAGCAGUUGAAGAUGGUUGUGAGGAAAGAGAAGGGAUAACUGCAGCAGCAGCUAGGUCACCGCUUCCUGCUUUCCCCAGUCUAGAAACGAUUGAUGGGAAGUGUUGUGGCAACACGAAGAGGGUAGUCGAAUCUGAAUGGAUUCCCCAUUUCCCUAAUCUGAAGGAGAUUAAUGUAUGGGGAUGCAAGAAGAUGGUUGAGAUAGUAGGAUGGCCAUCCCCAUGUAUGGGGAUUAAUGAAUGGGAGAACGUGCAGGUGCUCUGUGGAGCAGCAGAUAAAUGGGAAGUAAUCAACGAGCAUUCCUACUCUCUCCUCUUCCCCUGUCUUAAGAAGCUAAAUAUCCAGAUAUCUCUGAAACUUAAGUAUCUGUUUGGCCACGGGUGUAAACUCUCCCUUCCAUGCCUGCGAGCGAUUGUCAUAGAUGAUUGUGAGGAAAUAGAAGGGAUAACUGCAGCGGCAGCUAGGUCACCGCCUCCUGCUUUCCCCAGUCUAGAAAAGAUCGAUGUGAAGUUUUGUGGCAACAUGAAGAGGGUAGUCGAAUCCGAGUGGCUUCUCCAUUUCCCUAGUCUGAAGGAGAUUAAUGUAUGGGGAUGCAAGAAGAUGGUUGAGAUAAUAGGACGGCCACCCCCAUGCAUGCCAGUGGAUACGGCCUUUUCUGUAGCGCAUCUUCAAGUGGAACGUUUCAACAUACAGAAGUUGCUUCUGCAGGAAUUGUUGCCGCAUCUUUGGAAUCUUCAACACAUCCAUGUAAAUGACUUCACAGGAAUGGAGGAAAUUGUAAGCAGAGGAAGUGCAAGCACUUCUGAGCACAUCCCCUCCUCCUCCUCUCCAUGUCCAUUUCGUUCUCUCCCACGGUUGGAGCACUUGCUUCUAGAGAACCUGCCCCACCUGAAGAGCAUAUGUGAAAGCACCAUAAGUUGCCCUUCAAUAAAACAGCUUCAUCUGUUGGGCUAUCCAAAACUGGAGAGAAUUUCUCUGCAACUGAAAGUAGUUUGUGUCGGCUAUUGCCUUCCGGAUAUUAUUUUGGAUCAUGAGAAACUGUGGGGUAUGCUGGAGUGGAACGAUCCCAAUCAGGCUCAAUCGUCUCUCAGCUAUGUAGAAGCAUAUAAUGUGUCUAAGAUUCGCAAGAAACAGUCCAAUAAUGGAGCUGUGUAA